UACGCUGUAAAGAAAUAUACAGGGACCACACCACACACACCUUCUUCAUUAUGAUGCUUUCGGUGCUCUUCUCUAUAAUUGAGAAUCGUCACCAUUGUAACCAUUGUACAGCUGAAUAUACGUUCAUUCAGUCUCUCUCUUUUUUUCUCUCUCUACCAGAUUUACAUUGGCCAUGGACGUAAUGACUCAUUCUUCAAACUUCCUCUUACCUUCUCGUCCCACCGACAACGGACCCUCUCUAUCUUACGCACUCGUCGUCCUCAACCAACCCCUCCCUCGAUUCACUCCUCUCCUUUGGGAGCUCGCACCACAACGUUGUAUUUGCGCAGAUGGUGGAGCUAAUCGACUCUACGACGAAUUACCUCGGCUUUUCCCUCGCGAUAAACCCUCUGAUGUUCGAAACAGGUACAAGCCAGAUGUAAUAAAGGGAGACAUGGACUCCAUUAGAACGGAAGUCCUAGAUUUCUAUAGAAACCUGGGGACCAAGAUAGUGGAUGAAUCUCAAGAUCAGGACACCACAGAUCUCCAUAAAUGUGUAGCAUUAAUAUGUGAGGACACACCAACCGUGGAUAAAUCUAAUUUAUGCAUUCUUGUGGCCGGAGCACUUGGUGGAAGAUUUGACCACGAGGCCGGCAACAUCAACGUUCUAUGUUGUUUCUCAACCGUGCGAAUAAUUCUUUUAUCUGAUGAUUGCCUCAUCCAACUCCUUCCAAGGACUCACCGUCAUGAGAUCCAGAUUCAGUCCUCCGUUGAGGGCCCGCAUUGUGGACUUAUCCCCAUCGGGAUGCGUUCUGGAAGCACUACAACCACUGGUCUCCAAUGGGAUCUCAAUGGUACAGAAAUGAGAUUUGGUGGUUUGGUAAGUACAUCGAACGUUGUAAAAGAAAGGAAAAUAACCGUGCAAUCUGAUUCAGAUCUACUUUGGACAAUAUCAAUUAAAAAACCCUAGAGAUUAUUGUUUUCAAGAUGAAGCGUGCGAUCUGCCGAUGACACGGAUUCUCCUAACCUACAUUGCUGUGAUCCCAACAAAUUUGAAGAACUGAGGGAAACCUGAAUAGGCAGUUCCUUAUGUUCUUUUUCAUCUUCCUUUUUUGUUUUUUUUUUAAUUUACUUUUCUUUUUUUCUUUUUCAAAUUUUAUACCAGAUUUAAAUUUCCAUUUGAAGCGGUCUGGUAGACUUAAAGCAUUAUAUAUAUUACUGAAUUAAUAAUGUUGUAUUGUAAAUACCUCUUUGAUUCUCGAAGUUAUUUUUACAUUUCUAUAUAUUUUUGCUGAAUUAAGAGUUGAUAAUUCUCUU